AUGAGAAUGGCCAAAUCUCUGUUAGUGACGGCCAAGGUAAACCUAUCUAAUGUUCAUGAAAACAUGUACGUAUCGAGAAGUGAAGGAUGGAUCAUUGCCAAUUCAGUCUGUUCAGGUGGAAGUUACACCUGCUACAUCGUCCUGUUCGCCAUAUUUCCCAUUUUCUCCACAAAUACCUAGGAAGGAUCUGCUUUCUUCCUGCAUUUCAUGAUGAUUAUUGUUUAUGAUAACUUCGUCCGACUCAGUUCUAAAUCAUCUACUGUCUCGAUUCUAUAGAGUUUGUUCCUUCCUUAGAUAAACUUCUUAAUUUUC